GACGAAAGAACGAGAGUGGCAGGCCAACCCCAAUGGGGCUCCCUUCCUCGGGAAUUGUAUAUACAGGGAAGUAAUAUUUUAUUUGUGAUCCUACAUCCUUUCUAUUAUUCCCGUUUCAAACCCCCCAUACCAACAAGAUGUCGACAAUCGCAAGGAGAGGCCUCAAGAACAUCUUGGCCAAAAACGCAGACGACAUCGUGAUACUCUCCUCUCUACGAACAUCCAUCACUCGCUCUAACCGCGGUGCCUUCAAAGACGCAUACCCCGAAGAGUUACUCUCCGCUGUACUACGUGCUACCCUGGCCGCGAACCCGAAUCUUGACCCUGCACUCAUCAAUGAUGUUGCUGUGGGCACUGUUCUCAGUGAACUCGGCGGCUCCAAAGCCGGCCGCAUGGCCAUGAACGCCUCUGGGUACCCUUCUUCGACCAGUUUCUACACAGUUAACCGCGCCUGCGCCUCGGGGCUGACGGCGAUUACAACCGCUGCCAAUGGUAUCCAGAGUGGGAUGACGGAUGUGGCCAUUGGAGGGGGAAUGGAAAGCAUGACGAGGAACUAUGGUAGCCGUGCCAUCCCGGAGGAUCUCUGGCCACAAUUGCGAGACACAGACCAAAAGGAUGCAAAGGAUUGCAUCAUGCCCAUGGGCCUUACAUCUGAGAACGUCGCUGAGCGAUAUGGUGUCAGCCGGGCUGACCAGGAUGCGCUGGCAGUGGAAUCCCAUAGACGGGCACUGGCGGCGCAGGAAGCAGGGAAGUUUGACGGGCAGAUCGUGCCUGUUACCACCCGCUUUCAAGAGGUGGAUAAGCAGGGCAACAAGAUUGGAGAGGAACAAACGAUUACUGUCACGAAGGAUGAUGGUAUCAGGGCGAAUGCAAGCUUGGAGGGAAUGGCGAAGCUGAAGCCAGCUUUCAAAACGGAUGGCACGUCUACGGCUGGAAACUCGUCUCAAAUCUCCGAUGGUGCAGCUGCAACACUGAUGAUGCGUCGCUCUACGGCUACUGCCCUUGGGCUCUCUGGCUCCAUCAUUGGGAAGUGGGCUGGGAGCUCGAUAGUCGGAUGCAAACCCGACGAGAUGGGCAUUGGUCCAGCAAUUGCUAUUCCGAAGCUUCUUGCUCAAACAGGGCUGACUACCGACGAUGUUGGGCUGUGGGAGAUCAACGAGGCGUUUGCCAGCCAGGCAAUUCAUUGCGUGAGGGAGCUCGGUCUGGAGAAGAAAUACGAGGAGGGCAAGGUGAACCCGAAUGGCGGAGCUAUUGCACUGGGACACCCGCUCGGUGCUACUGGGGCGAGGAUGGUGGCAGAUCUGCUGCCGGAGAUGCAGCGCCAGGGCCUGCAGACGGGAGUUGUGAGCAUGUGCAUUGGGACCGGGAUGGGGAUGGCCGGAUUGUUUGUUAGAGAGUAGGUAUGUAGUGCUACGUAGAUGAGGCAUAUAUUGUAUUUAGACCCAAAUUAU